CUCAUUUAUCUGAUCUUAAUUUUAGAUUAUAGCAAAAUUCAAUUCUGCCGCUCAUGGAGGACGAAAUUCCUAGUUCUAGCCCAUCUCGCCUUCCCACCGAUCGCAUCAAGCUCAAUGUUGGAGGCAAGCUCUUCGAGACAACCAUAUCUACGCUGCAAUCCGGUGGUCCAGACUCACUCUUAGCGGCCCUCUCCAGCCGCCACACUCAUGACCCAGUUUUCAUUGACCGUGACCCGGAGAUUUUCUCCGUUCUCCUUUCUCUGCUGCGUUCCGGCCGCAUACCCUCUACCGCUCAACGCUUCUCUAAGCAAGAGCUCGCCGAUGAGGCUGUCUACUAUGGCAUCGAAUCGCAGCUCCGAUUUGCAAUGUCUCCGCCUCCUCUCUCCGGCAUCGACGCGUCCCUUCUCACCAUCAUCCAACCCGCCUCAGACGGCCUACCUUCCACCUUCACUGCUGCAGCUGGAGACGGCUCCGUCUGGAUUGCACACGGAGGACAAAUUUCAGCUUAUGAUUGGAACCUCAGCCACACUGGCACCAUCCGUACGCAUCUUGAUGAUAUCACCUCAAUCCGACGAAUCUUGCCGGAGGUUGCAGCCGUCGGAUCAAACUCCGCUGCUGGACUCCAUUUUUAUGAUUUCUGUAGCGCUAGUCACCUGGGGUCAACUCACUGGACUGACCCGUCUGAUCCUAGAAUAUAUAAAGCUCGGAUAACUUCAAUCGCUGACUCAUCGAAUCAAGUUUUUGCUUCCUUCGAUUGUCAACACAGAGAGAAUUGCAUACUAGUAAUAGAUAAAUCAACACUCCAGAUUGUCUCCGAGAUUGCGAGGCAAUCUGGGAGCUCAGCGAAGAAUAUGGUCCCCGGGAAGCUGACGUGGCUGCCCGAUACCGGUGUGAUAAUCGGAACCGCAGUCACGAGCGGAGCGUUUGGGUACUCGGGAUAUAUCAGAAUAUGGGACCCAAGGGCUAGUGGUGCGGUGGUUUGGGAGACCAGCGAGCCUGGUUCUGGCCGGAGCAGCAGAUUUGGGGACUCAUUCGCGGACGUCGAUGUCGACGUUGAGGGCUUGACUUUGUUCAAGAUCUGUUCCAAGUCUGGUGAUUUAGCAAUGGCAGAUUUACGCAAUUUAGGGGAUGAUCCUUGGGUUUAUUUGAAAGAUAAAAACCCAAUGAUGAGAUUCACUGGUGGCCCAGUGGAGAGUGUGAUACAUUGCUAUAAGAGUCAGGUUUUUGUGGGAAGAGAUGGGGCUCUGGAGGUGUGGUCAAGGGUGGUUGAGAAGGAAAAUGGAUUAGACACAGAGAAUGUGUUGGGUGAGGAGUCGUAUAGAAGGAAUUUUGUGGAUAAAUUGGAGGAUUCAGAGAGAGGGAUAAUUAGGAAAAUUGAAGGGGGUGGGAAUAGGUUGUUUGUCAGCAGAGAAGAUGUUGAGGGUAUUGAGGUGUGGGAAAGCUCUUAUUUAUCUGGUGCAAUUUCAGCUUCGUGACUCAGAAUUUAGCUUAUUUAUUGUAGGAAUAUGGCCUUCGAGAGGCUUUUGCAUUCUCAAUGCAUUUGUUGUAAAGUGAACAAAAGCAUAUGAAACCAACCUUGUUUUGACUGGCUUUCAUCAGUUCAAUUCCAAUUAAAUCUUCAGAGUUCUUGGGUAGUUUCUCA